GAAUAUAUAAAAAUGUAUAAUUUAAAUGUAAACGUUAGUAGUAGCAAUAGUGGUAGUUUAAAUACUACAAGUAAUCAACUUUCAGUUGUAAAUAAUUUGUUAGCUGUUGAAAAUGCUGCAAAUACACCACGAACACCAGAAAUAUUAAACACAUUAAUUGCAUUAACAAAUCCAUUAGAUAAUUAUGAUUUUAAUGAUACAUCACGAUCAACCAAAUCUAUACAAAAUAAUAAAAUAUCAUCAUAUAAUCCAGCAUUUGCGAAUGAUUCGAGUAAUUCAUCCGGGAGUCAAACGGAAUCACCAACAUCACAGGCCAGCGUACAACAUACAUGUUCACAAUUAAUCAAAGCCGGUCUUAAAUUAUCAAUACAAUCGAAACGAAAAUUUAGUGGUGAUUCAGGAGGUGGCGGUGGUGGUGGUGCUGGUGUUGGAGGUGCGAGUAAUGGUUGUGGUAGUACCAGUGGUGGAGAUUUUUUGGAUUUAGAUGCAAAUAAUCCAAAAAAACGUAAAUUAGGAAGUAUUAAAGGUGAAAUCACUGGUAGCGAAGAUGAAUAUGAUAAUCAGUUAAUAUCACCACAACAAGGGUUAACUCCUGAGGACGAAGAACGUCGCAGAAGACGUCGCGAACGAAACAAAAUAGCAGCUACGAAAUGUCGAUUGAAGAAACGCGAAAAAACUGUUAAUCUUGUCCAAGAAUCAGAAACAUUAGAAACACAAAAUAUAGAAUUAAAAACACAAAUACAACAAUUAGAAACACAACGACGUCGACUUACUGAUAUGCUAUCAAUGCACACACCAGCAUGUGUUAAAAAUCGUAAUAAUAACAAUAAUACAAAUGGAACACCACCUGGAGGACACCAUCAUUACGACACAAACUCAAAUGAUUAUUUACAUGCUGGUGGCUACGAACAUCAACCACAUUCCGACGAUUGUAAUUCAACGGUAGCAACCAUAAUCACAAGUAUACCAUCAAUCACCACUUUAUCCAAUACAAAUUUGAACAACCCAACCAUUACGACUUAUCAUAACACAACCCGUCCUUCAUCCGUGGACAUUCCGUUAACAUAUAGUCAUCAUUUAGAUCCGUAUGGUGAUGAUCAAUAUACCGAUACAAAACCUGUUAUUAUUGUCAACGAACCAGGUGAUAAUUAUUCGACGCAACAAUUAACAGAUUUGGAUAGUCCUAAUACUCCAUACCAAUAUAGUCAUUGUCAUAAUUACGACACUAAUACAGGCCAAAAUUCACAAGGCUAUAGUAAUUCUGGUAUGGAUAACGGAUGUAUGGCAUGAUAAUUAUAACUUAGGAAGGAUAUACUCGGAUCAUAACGUAACCUUCAAAAUAUAAAUCUUUAGAAUAUAGAAUUAUCAAUAUUUUUAUAGAAAUAAAGUCACCGUACAUUUUUAGAAUUAUUUGCAACAAAGGGCGCCACGCCAAGUC